AUGUUGCACCAGGAUGAGCAGAAAGAGAGAGGAGGGGGAUGGAUGAAACAGGACAAUUUGGUGCGCAGCUACAAGUACUCCCCCCUGACUUUCCUGCCCCUGACGCUGUUUGAACAGUUUCAGCGAGCAGCCAAUAUCUACUUCCUCCUCAUAAUGGUGUUGCAGUCAAUCCCUCAAAUCUCACCCAUACCCUGGUAUAUCACCAUCAUCCCACUGCUGACCGUACUCUCUGUGCGAGGGCUGAAAGACCUUGCCAACGACAUGGCAAGGAGACGCAGUGACUCAAAGAUUAACUCCCGACCCUGUGAUGUACUCAUCUCUCGGAGUUUCAGCACAGCACAGUGGAAGGAUCUCUUUGUGGGAGAUGUGCUGCGGAUCCGCAAAGACCAAACCAUCCCUGCUGACCUUCUCCUCCUGUGUAGUUCAGAGCCUCAUAGUCUGUGUAAUGUGGAGACAGCAGAUAUCGAUGGAGAGACUAACCUCAAGUACCGACAGGCGCUCGGUGCUACACACAAUGAGCUGACCUCUCACCCCUCAGAGGAAGCGCUUGCUGCCUUUGAUGGUGUCGUGCUCUGCGAGGAACCCAACAGUAACCUGUACACCUUCAGAGGCCAGCUGCACUGGCGAGGAGAGUGUCUCCCGCUGAACAACGAGCACAUCCUCCUGAGGGGAACAGUCCUACGCAACACAGAGUUUGCCUACGGCUUGUCCAUAUACACUGGCGCGGACACUAAGAUCCUGAGGAACUGCGGGAAACUCAGAGUGAAGACUACUCAAAUAGAAAAAGUUUUGAACAAAGUGGUGAUUGGGAUAGUCCUGUUUGUGCUGCUGGUAGCUCUGCUCCUUGCCAUCGGAGGUGGCGUGUUUUCCAGUUGGGUCAUGAGGCACGCAAGGGUUCAAUCUACUCUGGUGGAGAAUGGCAACCCCGUUUACACAGGGUUCCUCACGUUUUGGAACUACAUCAUCCUGCUCGGCCCGGCCAUGCCCAUAGCUCUCUACGUCACGUUUGAGCUAAUCCACACGGUCCACAGCCUGUUUAUUCGCUGGGAUAUGGAGAUGUAUUGGCAGCAGGGAGACAGCCCAGCCCAGGCCAGGAAUACCUCACUGAGCGAGGAGCUUGGCCAAGUGGGAUACCUGCUUAGUGACAAAACUGGAACACUAACCCAGAACCGCCUGCUCUUCAGACAAUGCUGCAUAGCUGGACAGAUCUAUGGUGAUGCAUCAGUCAGGGCAGAGGACGUGGAGCCCAUGGACUUAAGCUGGAAUCCAUUCUCCCGCGGUGGUCUUUUCAUGUCGGCCCCCACCCUGGUGGAGAAGCUCAGAGGACAGCAGUGUCCGCUCAGCAGACAGUUCCUCACAGCGCUGUCUUUGUGUCACACCGUCAUGGCAGACUGUAACGAAGGUUUUGUUUUUUACCAGGCUGCGUCUCCAGAUGAGGAGGCUCUUGUCGGUGCAGCCAGGGAGCUGGGCUGGGUCUUUCUUUCCAGGACAAGAGACUUUAUUGUUGUCUCCGAGCUGGGUGUCACUCGCAAAUAUCAGCUGCUGGCACUGCUUGACUUUACCAGCGAGAGAAGACGAAUGUCUGUGCUUGUGCGGGAGCCAGAGGGUGGGUUAAAGCUGUACUGUAAAGGGGCGGACAUAGUGAUCCUGGAGAGACUGCAGAAGGACUUACCAUAUCAGGAAAGCAUUGAAAGAGCCUUGGAGUUGUUUGCCCAGGCCUGUCUGAGGACUUUGUGUGUUGCGGUUCGAUCUGUUCCUGAGGCAUCAUGGGAGCAGUGGAGUAAAACUCUGGCCCAGUCUGCUGCCAUGGCGACCUGUAGCCGCGACACUCUGCUGGAAAAGCUAUAUGAUCAGAUGGAGAGAGAACUGCAGCUUCUAGGUGUGACAGCAAUAGAGGACCGUCUUCAGGAAGGAGUGCCUGAGACUAUUGCUCUGCUUCAACAGGCUGGGCUCAAAGUAUGGGUACUGACAGGGGAUAAAAAAGAGACUGCAGUGAAUAUUGGAUACUCUUGCAAACUACUGGAUCCUGAUACCAGAUUACUGGAAUGGCAGGAGCUGAGACAGAUACUCCAGUCGCCAGACCCAGGGGUCAGUUUCUUCAAGGCCAGACAGACGGAGCUGUGGGCUGUAGACAAGGAAAGGGCUGGAGCAAAGACUGCUGUGGUCCUCACUGGACCUGAGCUGGCAGAGUUCAACCAGAGACCAGAAUGGGGGGCCACAUUCAUGAGCCUGGUACAGGAGUUUCAGUCGGUGCUGUGCUGUCGUGUAACACCUGGACAGAAGGCUGACGUCGUCACGUUGGUCAGGAAAUACACAAGCUCAGUCACCAUGUCCAUCGGGGACGGUGCCAACGAUGUAAACAUGAUCAAGACGGCUCAUAUUGGUGUUGGAAUAGCAGGAGUGGAGGGGGGUCAGGCAGUGCAGAAUGCAGACUUCGCAUUGGCCCAGUUCAGAUUUCUGCAGAGGCUGCUGCUGGUCCAUGGCCGCUGGUCCUACAGGCGUGUUUCCCUCUUCUUGCGCUACUUCCUGUAUAAGACCUGUGGCUUUGCUUUCGUGCACAUAUGGUUUGGUUUGUUCAGUGGCUUCAGUGCUCAGUCUCUGUAUGAGACAUGGUUCAUCGCUCUCUACACUGUCUUCUACACAGCAUCCCCCAUUAUGUUUAUGGCCUUUUUUGAACAGGACAUGAGUGCAGAAAGCUGCCUGAAAUGGCCGGAGCGGUACAAGUCUGGACAGAGACAGGAGCUCUCCAGCCCACUCAUCAUAUCCCUGUCACUCCUGUAUGCCGUCUACACAUCGUUUGUUCUCUUUUUCAUCCCGUUUGGAGCUUUCUACAACACAGCCUUUGACUACCAGACCAUGGCAGUCACUGUCUCCAUGGCAGCCGUGUUCACUGCCACCAUUGAGGUUGUGCUGGUGACCAGAUAUUGGACAAAGUUCAAUAUAGCAGCUGUGUGUGUCUGUUUGGUGCUUUUCUUCAUCUGCACCAGGAUCACCCACAGCACCCGCCUGUUUCAGGCAUCACCCGCCGACUACAGCUUUGUCGGUGUAUCUGAUAAGGCCUUCGUCGAUCCAGUUGUCUGGCUCACAGCUAUGCUUACUACCUGGACGGCUGUUUUGCCCUCAGUGACCGUCCGUGCGCUCAAUGUCAUCCUCACUGUCCAUGACAAACACAAGGGAGCUGGGCCUGGACACCUCAUCACUUCAGGGACCCGCAUCCCAGAGUCGCUGCAGAAUUUGUAG